AUGACCGCCCACACAGUAGGACUGCGGGUAGCCGUGCGCCCGCUUCGAAGAGUGUCACUCCUCGACCAGCUGACAACUGCAUCACCAACAGUUUCAACCAUGCCAUCGCCGCGAGCGUCCACGAGUUGCCUGCGCUCCCGCAUGCCCCGGCGAACCCCUCACCACCGCCGCCUUUUUUCCACAACUCCUCCACCUCCAAGAUGUCCGCUGCCUCCUGAUUCCAGGAAAGACUCCAGUUCGACAGUAAUAAGUCUUGGGCCUCCACCUGCCCCGUCGUUCCUUUCUCCCUCGACAUCAUCACUGCCAUCAUCAUCGUCACCAACGCCCGUAUCCGAGCAGUCCGAGCCCAACGGCUCCCCACCGACCACCCAAAGCGUAGCCCCCGACAGACCCCUCGACAGGCCCGAGUCUUCUACCUCCACAUCACAGUCAUCAGACUCUAGCUCCUGUUCAUCCUCAUCACAGUUCCCAUCCACGCAACCAUCAUCCUUUUUUGCUCCGCCCAACGCCGACGAUGCGACUCCCGACUCCCCCUCCUCCAAGAACAACGACCCCUCCGACCGGUCCUUGCCCUCCUUUUCCGAAAAACAUCGCCAUCCCCUCAAAGCCCGCUUCAGCACCUUCAUGGACAAUCUCCAAUCCCGUGCCGUGAUGGCCACCCAAACACUGAACGACCUAACCGGCUACUCGGCUAUCGAAGCUAUCAAAAAGCGCAACAGUGAGCUCGAAAAGGAGCUCGCUGCAGCCCAAAAACGCCUGCGCGAAGCCCGCCAAAACUACAAGUCCCUGACCGCCCACCGGGCCGCGACCCAGCGUGAGGUUACCACCCUGCUCGCCCGCAAGGACACCUGGAAUCCUCUGGAUCUCGAACGCUUCACGACUCUCUACCGCUCCGACCACGAGCUGGAGGCCCGCGUCGCCGAAGCAGCCGCCGAGUUGACCGACGCCGAGACGGACGAGUCACGGCUCAGCGCGGAGCUGAAUGCCGGCAUAUUAAAGCGGUACCACGAGGAGCAGAUUUGGAGCGACCGUAUCCGGCGGCAGUCGACGUGGGGAACAUGGGGGCUGAUGGGCGUGAACGUGGUGCUGUUCCUGGUGCUGCAGUUCGUGGCCGAGCCGUGGAGAAGGAAGAGAAUGAUUAAUGGGAUUGUGGAGAACCAGAAGGGGGUGAUGGAGGAAGUGAAGAGGGAGUUGAGCGAGGUGAGGGCGGCACUGGAGGCCAGUGGGCUCCGAGAGGCGGCUCGGGCGGUCGAGGCGGCUGCCGCACGGAUGGAUGCCGCCGAGUUGUCUCUUGCCGAUGGUGGUGCUCUUCCCGUUGGUACCGCGGGCGCUGCUGCUGGUAGUGGGGAGUUCGCUGUCCCAGCUGGAGCGUCGUCGGUUGAGGCUGAGACGCCGGCCCAGCCAGAGUGGCAGGCGCCGCGGAAACCGUGGAAGGAGUUGUUGGCCGAGUAUUGGGAGGAUCCUGAGCUGCUCAAGGAGGAUGUAACCAUGACGGUGCAGGAUCUCUACAGCGACCGCAAGGCGGACCUGCGGAUGAAAGACGUCUCGCGGAUUGCUUUGCAGGGCGCUGCUGCCGGCGCUACCCUGAUGGCAGGGCUUGUCCUUGCCCUAAUGCAAAUGACGAGAUCAUGA